AUGGUCAGAAAUUGUCCUCCAGACUAUAAGUGGCUCUUCCUGCAAGAAAAGGAGAGGCGGAAAGAGGCAGAAGCGAGGCAGAAGCAGGCAGAAGCGAGGCAGCAGCAGGCAGAAGCGAGGCAGAAGCAGGCAGACGCCAGCCAAAAGCAGGCAGAAGCUGGUCAGAAGCAGGCAGAAGCUGGUCAGAAGCAGGCAGAAGCUGGUCAGAAGCAGGCAGAAGCUGGUCAGAAGCAGGCAGAAGCUGGUCAGAAGCAGGCAGAAGCUGGUCAGAAGCAGGCAGAAGCUGGUCAGAAGCAGGCGCAGGACGAGGAGAGACAGGACAGGGAACGUACCCGACUUACGAACUUCAAAGAAUUUUUGCGUCACACCCAUACCUACCCUCGCGACCGCUGA